AUGAUGCGCCCGUUUAUUGAUUCUAAGGCUGACCAGGAUAAAAAGUUGUUCAUCGGUGGUUUAAGUCCUAAAACCGACGAGAACUCACUCAAAAAUUAUUACGGUCAAUGGGGUGAAAUCAUUGAUGUUGUCGUUAUGAAGGAUCCUAGAUCUCAGAAGUCUCGAGGGUUUGGUUUUGUGACAUAUAAGGAAUCCUCGUCCGUUGAUGCUGCACAAAACAAUCGCCCGCAUACUGUAGAUGGAAAGGAGGUGGAUACCAAGCGUGCCAUGCCCAGAGAAGAAACAAGUCCUGAGGUCCAUGCUGCAGUAAAAAAAAUAUUUGUAGGUGCUUUAAAGAAGGAUGUAACAAAUGAAGAUCUUAGUGAUUACUUUUCUCAAUUUGGGACCGUAACUGAUGCGCAGAUUGUUAUAGCUAAAGAUACGAAUACAUCUCGGGGCUUCGCAUUCGUUACUUUUGAUGACACAGAUGCAGUAGACAAAGUUAUUUUAGCUCGACCACAUACUAUCAAAGACUCCAAAGCAGAUGUACGGAAGGCGCUCAGCCGAGAAGAAAUGAAUAAAAUGAGAUCAAAACCUGCACCUAUGAGAGCAGAUUAUAACGGUGGUGGCUGGCACGACAAUGCAAACGGCGGUUUCCAGCCUCAGUCAUGGGAUCAGGGUUAUAAUCAACCUUACGCGCACCAACAGCCUUAUGCUUAUAACGGAGCAGGCUAUGGUUAUGGUGGUUACGAUGGAGGUUGCCCUGCAGGUGGUUGGCCUAAUGCUUCCGAUGGAUUCGGCAAUUAUCAGCAACAAGCCUAUGGUGGUGGUCCAAUGAGGGCGACACCUACAAAUGCACAAUAUUCCCGUCCUGCUCCAUAUUCCGGCAAUGGUUGGCAACGCUGA